UGCACCGUGGCUACUGUCCCUGGGCAGAACGUGCGGUGGCCUCCUCCAAGAGCUGCUCUUCGGACACUGACUGUGCCUUGGAUGAAAAGUGUUGCCCCAUUGAAGGACACCAAAGGUGCGCCAAAGCCAUGCCAGCGAAUCCUGGCCUUUGUCCCAAGAAACCCCUUCCACCAGUGUCAUUCACUUGCAAAAACAAGUGCGAAGACGACCGGUCUUGCCCUGAAGAUCAGAAGUGCUGCUUUGUCGACUGCGGCCUGAAGUGUGUCCCUCCAGAGAGCCAUCACAUCAGCGGAGAUCAGGUGGAGCUGGAUCGAGAUGAGGAUGCUCCUUUGCCAGAUGGAGGUCAUGGAG